AGUAGUGUGGCUCAGCUGUUUCUGUUUACUAAACAAAGGAGCCAGAAAUCAGUUCAACGGUGGACGGCGAGCGGGGCACGUUCGUGUGUCCGUUAGCGACACCACUUCUUUUUCUAACCCUUUUAGACCAACCAACAAACCGAUCUCGCUUCAUGAUCGCAGGCAAAAAUCGCGAGUGCUUCUAACCAGGAUAUUUCUCGAGCCUCGUCGAUUGUUAACCACCAGAUACCGGAGCGAUAUCGGAGGUCCAAAGCACGCAGUGAGACGAGGAAACAAAUGCAGUAAACAUGCCGUCAUUGUUAGAAGCGCUGGAGCUGAAGUACGGCAGUUCAACGACCGACUGUUCCCUCACGGACGAGGAGACCGAGUCGAGCUCGCCGAAGGCCGCCCUCUCGGUCAGCAUCUUCAUCCCGAAGAAAUCGCCCCGGCACACCGUGCCGGCGUUGCUCGUGCUGCAGGACUGCGACAUCGAGUCGGCCGGGAACGACGCGGAGAAACUCAGCAAGAAAUGCAGGAACGUGGAGGAGCUCGACCUCGCUCAAAACAAACUGUCCCAAUGGACCGAGGUGUUCGGUAUUCUUCAACACAUGCCCAAGAUCAAAUUCGUGAAUCUUAGCUUCAACUGUCUGGCCGAGGUUCUCGAGAUCAAGCACGGGAGCUACGACAUGUUGAAGAAUCUCGUGUUGAACGGAACCAGGGUGACCUGGUCCACGGUCCAGGGAUUGAUCCGUCUUCUUCGUAAUCUGGAGGAGCUUCAUCUUUCGUUGAACGAGUACAAGACGGUCGACCUGGACUAUCAAUUACCCGAGAAUAAGAACGUGUCCGUGAAAAAGCUCCAUUUCACCGGGAACCCCGUCGAGGUGUGGAACGAAAUUUCGAAACUUGGCUACGUAUUCCCCAAUCUCGAGAGCCUUGUGUUAGCCGAGUGCCCGAUAAGGUCGUUGGCUCUCGUUGACAAUAGAAACUCGAACGAGGAGCCGUGCUCGAAGAAGGGGGCGGAGAAUCUGAGCGAGGACAACGAGAAUAUGAACAAUCUGGGGGGGGAGGAGGAGGAGGAGGAGGAGGAGGGCACAUCGAUGGUGGACGAGAAGGGGAACAGGAUAUUCAGCGAGGGAAAAUUGAAUUACGACAGAUCAGAGUCGGAAUCGGAAUCGAGCGGCACGACUAUCAGGUCGUCUCACGAUCCUUUCAGAAAGCUAAGGUUUCUGAACGUGAACGGCACCCUGUUGUCCACGUGGGAUGACGUAGAGCGGCUUGCCAGGUUUCCAGCGCUUAAAUCAUUGAGGAUUCAGGGCUGCCCCCUUUUCGAGAGUCCUCGAGAGUACACCGAGCACGAGAGGCGGCAACUGUUAAUCGCCAGACUUCCGAAUGUCGAGACAUUGAACGGCGGCGGUGUGAUAUCCUCCCAGGAGCGCGAGGAUGCCGAAAGGGCCUUCAUUCGAUAUUAUAUGGACAAACCUGAAGCGGACAGGCCGGAAAGGUACUCCGAGCUGGUGGCUAUUCACGGAAAGCUGGAUCCUCUGGUACACGUCGAUCUGACACCCGAGAAGAGGGUCAAGGUCACAUUCACUUACGGAGACUUAGUCGAGGUUCGAUCCAUAGACGUGUACAGAACGGUUUUCGAGUUGAAAACCAAACUGGAGACGAUGGUGAAAAUUCCAGCGAAUAGAAUGAGACUUUUUUACGUGGAUCAGGUUAUGAAGGCGCAAUACGGACCGGAGGAGAUGCUGUACCCUAACAAGCAGUUGUAUCGGUACAAUAUACGAAACGGCGACGAAAUCAUUAUCGACAGCAAGUUGAAUCGUUUUGUAUCGACGUCGUCGACCACGUCUUCCAUUCGUUCAUGAAGAAGGUUCUCAAGCGAAUCAUCGGACGAUACGAAACAUACCUGACAGUUGUUGGGAUCCUGCUGACCUCCAGUGAAAAGUGAAUGAGAUAUCGAGAUUUCGAUCAAUUAUACGUGGAGAGACUCGGAAUUUUUUUAUAUAUGUUACACACACGCCGAAUAAUUGUUCUAGAAAAUAUACUUAUCGAUUCUUCAGGGUUGAAAAAGAGUUGAUAAUGAUACGAUUAAAAGGCGAGUUUGUGCGUGAAAAAUGGCUGCGAGAGAAAGUUUAAAGUUAAAAUUUUUACAAUACUUGGAUGAAUUAGAACGUGUUUUUAGAAAGGGAAAUUAAAUUUUCAUGUACAGGCAGGUAUAUUCGUAUAUGCAAACGUUUUUAAUGAAACGAUUUUAGUGAAUGCGUUUGUAAAAAAAAAUAUUACGACUCUCUUUGAAGCUUCAUGUUAAUCGUUAGCGUAGAUUGCAGUCAAAUCUAUCAAGAUAGAAAUAUAAAUUAUCCACUUAGUUAAAUAGUAUCCAAUUUAUCGAUUGUUUUUCGAAUAGUUAGAAGAAAAAUAUUGCUAAGAAAUGAGAAAGUUCAUACGCUGGCCAUAUUAUACAAAAAAAAGAAAACCUUGAAAUUUGGAUAUGAAAUAGGAAAAAAUCAAAGUAAAAAAAAAAAAAAAAAAAGAAAAAGGAAAAAAAAAAGAAAAAAAUGUAGAGCUAAAUAUCGCAAGCGUAUCGAUUAAAAAUGGAAGAAUACAUUGACCAGUAGUGAUAUUUUUAAUUCCGCAGCCAAAUGUAUUUCGUGUUAGAAAACUGUUAUCUAGUAAAUUGUUAAAUUCAAUUUAUUAAGAUUUUGUAAUGGUAGGAGAUUCAUUGAAGAUCAAGAUUGAAUUAGCUUCGUGAAUGACAUUUGAAACGUAAGAUAAUUCAUAUACUUCGGAACAAUGUGACAAGUAUGAUAAAAAUGUGUAUGCCGAAGAGAAUUAUUUUUAUAAAUCGUAAUUGGGUACGAGAAAGACACAAAAAAAGAGGAAUCACGGGCAAUGAUAAAAAGAAGCAUAUAUAUACAUAUUGUAUAUAUAUAUAUAUAUACAAUUUUCUCUUCUCGGUCCCAACGACUAAAGUUUCGUUCUGGCCGAUGUAAAAAAUUCUUAUUUUCCUGUUUGAACAACAACUUCAAAGCGCGAUAUAUGUUUUUACACAGGCCAUAAAAAAAUUAAUGAAAUGUAAUAGUCGAUAAUUAUUUUUACAACUUUAUGUUCAUUGUUUAGUAUAAAGAUGCAAACAUUGAUGCUUUUUUAGAAAAAGGAAAAAAAAAGGGAUAAAGAUAUAACGAUAUAAUUCACGAUAUAAUUUCAUGCAUUUUUUGAUGUGUACUUAAGCUUGUCAGUUAUCGAUGCGCGAUAACUAUGAAUUUAAGCGCAAUUAAUAUGUUUCUAUACUUUUAACAGAUAAUUUAUGAUUUUCCUUCAGUGUACUUUCUAUUGUAUGGAAUUCAUAAAUUGUACAAAAGAAAGUGAAAGAAUGAGAAUCAUUAGCGAGCGUGUUACAAGACACUAGGAAGAAAACAACGAUAUUGCGUGUUAUGGCUUAUUCCGCUUGCAAGGGAGAAACCUUGAAGAGUCGCUUAGUGCCUGCCAUUUAUUAGCAUUAACUCGAAUAUUUCUAACAACACUGCCCUUGUAAAUAUCAUAAAUUUAUACAUACGAAGCAACUUCGUCGACUCUUCAUGGUAGUGUCUUGACCAGCCAGUGUUUCACUGUGAUCGAGUCGUAGUAUUGGAAUACUUUAUAGUUCUAAGAACAUUAAACGAGAUAUAAGGAAGAAAAUAUUUCAAUACGUAUGACGUAAAAGUUAUUUAAAAAAAAAAAAAAAGAAAAAAGAAAAAGAAAAAGAAAGAUCAGCACUGCGCGAUUAAUGAAGAGUCGGUCGACACUUCUCCGAAAGAUCAAAUGCGGUAUCGUGUCCGUUUUUCAUUGGAUCUCAGGGUCAUUGAUGAAUUAUACGUAUCGUGUCAAGUCGUUUGAUGGAUGUAUACGGCAAGUAAUCAUGAAAAAAACGAAGGGUAUAAACGCAAUAACCCUGAGUCCUCACGCCCCCUAUAUUGUGUCUAGUCUCGGAAAAGGAAACUGCAUUGUUCUCAUUUUAUAUGAUACGAUCCUUUUUUGUGCUGGCGCAAAUGUGUACGUACUAACGAAAUAAAAUCUUUAUAUGAGACGAUCUCCCUA